ACAGACAGUGGGAGAGAAGGGUCGUCGGAAAUAUUUUGGCUUCUAGUGUUUAAAUAAUUUAUUGUACAGUUUAGCUAGUUUUGUAGUUGGAUUAUUUAUUAUAGCUAGGAAGUAUUUAUAAAUUUAAAGAAACGUCGGUACUUGGUAAUGGUGGAUUAAGGAAGAGAUUGAUAGUUUCUGAUUGCUGAACGGAUGUUUUAUUGACCUUCGGGCUGUCAAGUUACAGUUUCUUUGGUGAUUUUCUCCUCUGAAAACCUACUUAAGAGAUGCGUACCCAAAAUUAAUCGCAACUUCAAAUCUUGCCAAACCACAAAAUGAUGGAAGUCGGAACGAACGGAGGAGGGUUGGAGCUGCCGACGACGAAGGUGGUCACCUCGGAGGUAGACGGUAUGGAUACGCCGAUGGAAAAUGGUACCACGGAAGCGACGGAAGUUAAAGAAAACGGCACAAAUGGUGCGGACAGCCCGGUGGCGGCCAAGGGGCUGGAGGACGAGGACGAAGAGAUGGAGCGGUUACUGCUGAGCGAUCCGGAAGAAGAAGCCGACGCCGCCGGCAAACCUGCCGCCAACGAGUCCGAGGUCCAGAACAUCUCGGACACGCUGAUCGACGACAUAAUCGCGCUGAACAAGGACUCGAAGCGAACCGACGCCGACGAACCGGUUGACGAUCGGAUAGCGGACGGUCAAGAUCAGGAGCAAAGCUCCGAUGCUCCACCUUCGUCGGUCCAGACCAACGGCGGAACCGAGGAGCUCGACGAGGUAGAGGAUGCCCUGCUCGGCGGUGAAGACUGCGGCGAAACGGUGGCCGAAGCGGACGAAAGUUUGCUGCUGGAGGACACCGCGGCCAUUCAGAUCGAGGAUACGGCCGUCGAGUUGACCGACAGUAGCAUCGCGGUGGUGGACGAGUCCGCCGGGUUGAGCAUUCUGAACACGGCCGCGGUGGAUAUCACCGAUGAGCUGGGCGAUUCGUCGAUUCUGAAGGUCGGCGAGGAGGCGCCGGUGGAGGCCAUGAUGGAGGAGAUGGUCAGCUCGAUUGCGGACAAUCUGAAGGCGGACAAGGAGGUGGACGAGCACGUGGGGGAUGAACCGAUGGAGGAGGAAUCGCGAUCGUCGGAGCCUGGCGAGUUGAUCAAGUUUCCGGACGUGGACGAAAUUGUGGCGCAGACCGAGCAGAAGGAAGAGGCGUCUGCGGUUGAGGAACCGGAACCGGAAGUGUCCGAUUUGAUCAAGUUUAACAGCGCUGCUCCGAGUAUCGAAGAAGAGGCGGAAAAGUCCGAACCGGAAGUGUCCGACCUGAUCAAGUUCAGCACCGUGACGGCGGGGGAGGGUGAUGAAGCGGACAAACCGGAACCGGAAGUGUCCGACUUGAUCAAGUUUCCCCAGGAGAGCGUGGCGGAAGUGUCGAGCGCGUCCGACAUCCCGGAAGCACCUCGGGAAGAAGCACAAAAGAGUCCCGCCGAAGCGGAAGUGUCCACGUCGGGCCAGGAUGCUGCGGAAGGGGAGGAGGGAGAAGGCGACGAAAACGAUUCCGUUGAUGCGUGCCCGAAGGCGCUGCAGGCGGCCGACGAGGAGGACCUGCUGGAAAUGAUGGAAGAGCCGGAGCGGGGUGAAGACGCCAACGGGGAUGAACCAGCGGACGAGGAGGAUGACCUGGAGGACGACCAGAGCAGCGAGUUUGGCAGUGCGAAGCAGUCGCAUGGUGAUGGCGAUGAAGAUGGUGAGGCAGACUUCGAGGGUUCGGAGUUUGGUGGCGGUGAGGAUGCGGACGAGGGCAGCAGCAGCAGGCCGGAGGCGGAAGUUGAGCUUGAGGAAGCCGAACUGGAGGAGGGAGAACCGCCCAGCAAGCGCAAGUGCUCGGUUGACGUGAGGGAGGAAAGUGGUGAUGCGGUGCCGGAAGUUGUUGUGGAGAAGCAGGACACGGAAGAGCAGGAAAAGGCUAGUGAGGAGAAGGAGGUUGAAGCGACUGCCGCCGAGGAAGUCAAACCCGUUGAGGAGGAGAAGGUCGAAGAAGGAACCACCGAGAGCGAGGAAAAGAAGGAAGAGGAAGAGAAGGUUGAUGCCGUUGAGGACAAAGUUGAAGCUGAAACCCCAGCUGAGAAAGCGCCGAUUGAAGCCGCUCCCGUUGAAGACUCCGAGAAGGAAGUUGAGAAGAUGGACACUUCCGAAACGGAAGCACCAGCUUCGGAAGAAGCGCCAACCGCCGACAAAGUUGAAGCUGAAGAACCUGCCAAAAAGGACGACGCUGAAGCGGUUGUUGAAGAAGACAAGAAAGAACCCGAAGCGUCAACUGAGCCGGAGAAACCCGUCGAAAAGGACACCAUUGAAAUCGUGGAUCUUGAGGAGAAGAGUGGCGACGAGCAGCAGGAGAAGCAACAACCGGAAGUGACGGAGGAGUGUUUGAAGGUUGAUGAACCUGAGAAGCCUUCGUCGGACGAACCUGCUAAAGAGGAAGCGCCGAAAGAAGAGGUGAAGAAAUCGGAACCUGUUGCCGCAGUUGAAGUUCUCGUCAUCGACGACGAUGACGAUGUUCCGGCGAGUUCCGACGAGUCUAAGAAGGAAGACGCUCCGAUUGCGGCCGGCAAGCGACCCUGUCCGGAGGACGAGUCUGAAAAGGCGGAUGAAUCAACCAAGAAGAUUCGUCUCUCCGUCGAAGAAGUGGUCACAGUUGAGGACGGCAAAAAGGAGGAAGAAAAGCCGAAAGAGGAGAAGAAAUCCGCCCUCGAGUCGAUCGAACCGCUAGACAUUCAACUGGAUCCGCAGCCGGAACCACUUAAGGAACCGCUCAAACCCGUUCGGUUAGACUUCAUGGCCAAGUUCAAGAAGCCGCUGGAGAAGAUGAACCGCACCGACCUGGAGGAGUUCGUCCUUCAGAAGAUUGUCGAGGGCAUCGCGUUCAAGUCGACGAUCGCCGAAAUGCGAACCCAGCUGGACUCGCAGGAUCAACUCCUCCAGGGCUACCGCCAGAAGGUGCACGACCUCAACAAGCAGUUCAAGGAUCUGGAGAUGGUCCACGAGCGGGUCAUGAAGGAUCUCGAGAAGAAGAACCAGCACUUCAUCACCCCGGUCAAGAUAACCCGAGCCGUUGGUCUCCAAGUGUCACAACCGCGCUUCGCCCAGAACCAACGCCAAUCCUUGCUCAACUCGUCAACCACGACCACCAACACCGGAAAGGGCGCACAAAACCGUUCCCCAGCGGCCAGUCCCGCACCGACCGGCUCCCCCAACAAAAACUCUCCUCAAGCUAACGCUGCUCAAAACCGUCGACUCAGCUACACUCGAACCCCGCAAAAUGUAGUCGCCGCCAAGACGGCAACCCCACCGGUAUCCACACCCCAAAACCGACCCGGAAUGGCCGCGAAAUCCCCACUCAACACCGCCCCCUCAACCCCAGUCAACCGCGGUAUAACCCCGGUGCAAACGGUCAACACUCCUCAAACGCCGCAGCAGCAGCAGCCACAACCCUCGACUCCGCUGCCCUCGAACGUCGUGAUGAGGAAGAAGCCGCUGCAGAAGUUUACCCCGAUGAGGCCACCGAUGUCGCUCACCCAGCAGGUUCAACAGCAGCAGCAGACGCGCCAGAUGCAGGAGCAGCUGAUGCGGCAGCAAAUUCAGGAGGUGCAGACGAGUGGAUCGGCGCCCAGCAGUCCGCUGGUGCAGUCGCCGCAGGGAUCGCCACUGACUCGCACCCCGGAACCCGCCUCCUCGCCUGGCAUCGGUGGCCCAUCGUCCGCUCGCGUUCCACCGAUCGUCAUGAAGAAGGUAACGCCGCAGGCCAAGGGAACUCCCAACACGAUGCAAAUCAUCCACCGGCCGGGAGUGGUCGCGUCAACAACGGUCGUGCGAAUCCCAGCUGCCACAUCUCCAGCAGCACCGGCACCUGCACCAGUGGCCCCGGCCGCUCCCGUGGACAACUCCAUGAUCGAUCUUACCGACGACGAUGACCUGCCACGGCCGCCAGCCCCGAUGGCCGUUGCGCCACCAGCCCAGGUCGUCCCCAAGUCACCGAUCACGUUGAUCAACGGUCAACAGCAACGUCAGGGCCAGCAGCAGCAGCAGCAGACUGGAAUGCCACCGUUGGUGGUGAUCAACCAGCAACGGUUGAUGAACCGUCCACAGUUGCAGCAACGCCCGAUGCCGACCAUGUUGAACGGUGCCCAACAGCAGCGGCCAAUGUUGAUGCAGAGACCGGGCAAUUCUCCGGCGCCCGCUAAUGGAGCGUACGGACCACGGUCGAUGGUCGCCCAGCAAGCGUACAAACCACGAGCAGCGUUGACCAACAGGCAGAUGGCUGAGGUCAACCAGCGCAUGAUGGGCCGCGGCCCGGUGCGCCAACAGGCAACCACUACCACCACCAUCGUCAGCUACUCCCACCCGGCAGCCCUGCCCCAUCCCGGUCCGCAGCCCAGCGGAAUCGGCUGGAAGGUUCCCCCGCCACGGCCCUCGAUCCGCAUCAACAACAUCGAAACCGGCAUCGUCAUCUCGUGGACCAUGGACGACCUGUCGGAGAUCCACGCCCAGAUCGUGAGCUACCAGAUCUACGCGUACCAGGAGACGACGGCGCCGCCCGCCGCGGACAUGUGGCGCCACGUUGGGGACGUCAAAGCGAUGCUGCUGCCGAUGGCCGUCACGCUGACGCAGUUCCAGGAGGGCCAGCGGUACCACUUUGCCGUGCGGGCCGUCGACGAGCACCAGCGCGUGGGACACUUUAGCCCGCCACGCACCUGGAACGAGUCGACGCCGGGAAAGGCUUAAGCCGAACCGUCGAGAAAUAGGUUUUAUUUUGCGCAAACGUAACACAAGUAAACUUUAGCGUGUAGUAGCGAGUAAGAAGGAACAAAUUUUAAACUAAUUCUCUAGCCGAGUGUCGGGAGCCUAGACAGCACAGAUUCUGCGUGUCAUUAAUGUCCUUUGUGUCCUGAAAUAGAAAGCAAGCAAGCUUAUAGAGUUGAUUUCGUUUUAGAACAUUAUCUGAUAUCAUCAUCAUAAAGAACCCGUCGUCGAAGAAACCUUGACAACUGAAUGGUAAUUUAAUUGAAAGGUACUAUAGCAUAGCAUAGCGUAGAUAGGAGUGUAGGAUUUAGGUUGUAAGUUAUAUGCGAGAGCGACCCCGCGGAUAAGUCAGCGUUUAGUAAUAAAUUCUGAAUCAACACAAUCAGUCUAAUGGAA